AUGGAUUCAGUUGUCCUGCCAAAGCAGCAGAUUGCUUUGCGGCUGCCCUCCGGCAUGUAUAAGUUGGUGGCGAUCACACCGAAUACAUCAGUAUCGCUGGGGAAAUUCGGUAGUUUUCAAGCAAACCAGAUCAUUGGCCGUCCGUUUCAUGUAACGUACGAGAUUCUCAACGAACCAAGCGAAGAUGGCCACAGCCUGCGUAUCGUGCCAGCUGCCGAGCUCCAUGCUGAAGCUCUCAUCACCGAGGGCUCUGGAGAGGCAGAUGGUAUGCUGGAGGAAACAGAUGCGGCAAAUGGAGAACAGCAGCCCAUGCGUACAAACCGUGACAUUGUUGAUGAUGGAUCGGCGCAAACGUUGACCCUGGACGAGAUUGAAGAAUUGAAGAAAAAUUCCACUGGCGCCGGGGAGGAUAUUAUUGCGAAAUUAUUGGAAUCCCACUCCGCUAUUGACAAGAAAACGGUAUUCUCACUAGCAAAAUACAAGCUGCGUAAAGAGAAGAAGUAUCUUAAAAGAUUUACGGUGUUACCUAUGGAUGUCAAUCUUCUGACAGACUACAUGCUAGAGCGAAAGGAGCUGAACCGGACCAUGGAACUGCGACACGAAAUUAUUGGGUUAAUUGGAUGCUGGGGAAAUGUGCAUAACAGCGGAAAUUCAAGACUCGAGAAUCUCAAGCCGAGUGGAAGAUAUCUAGUGGCGGAUGAUACUGGAGGUCUCGUUGUUGCCGCCAUGGCUGAACGAAUGGGCAUUCUCUACCCUUCUCAGUCCAGUGAUGCGGAGGAGAAUGGGGAUAACUCCGAACAAGACCACAUAACAUCAGGCAACACGAACGGAACUGAAGACAAUGGAGAGCGCCAGGCGGGGUCGAAGGUCUCGCAGCGAAUAAAAAUACAGGGCAUGGCCGCGGUGGAAAAUACUAUCACCGUUAUCCAUCCUUAUUCACAGGCCAACCUCGUCCUCCUGAAACAAUUUGGCUUUGAUAUAGACGAACCCGACAGCUCGCAUCCCCUCUAUGAUCACUUGAAAACCGUAUCUUGGCUUCAACUGGUCGAACCGGGGGCUGAUAACAUGUACUCAGAGGAGCCGGAGACUCUCAGCGAGGAGAAAUUGAAAACGCUCAAACCGAGGCAGCGCGGAACAUAUCAUCGCAAACACGCCCGGUGGCUUCGAGUAAAAAGGGUUGUUGACGAGGUACGCACCGGCGGAUAUGACGGAUUGAUUGUUGCCAGUCAUAUGGAUCCAGACUCGAUACUGAAGCACGCUGUUCCGCUGCUCACUGGUGGAGCGUCUGUCGUAGUAUAUUCACCGACAGUCGAGCAGCUCACCAAGCUGAUGGACCAGUAUUCAUCGAAUCGCCGCGCAGCGUAUAUAAACAGAAAGACGGCACUCGAAAAAGAGCGACAAAACAUCAACACCGAGGAUAUGGACGUGGAUCUACCAUCGAUCGAAUCUGAGCUUUCAUCGGAAUUUCCUCUUGAUCCGACAUUAAUCCUAGCGCCCAUGCUUCAAACAUCGCGUGUCCGGGAAUGGCAAGCGUUGCCAGGCCGGACACAUCCUUUAAUGACUGGACGAGGUAACGCAGAGGGAUACAUUUUUCACGGCACCCGAGUGAUUCCUCCAUCAGGACGCAUACAGGCCCGCGGCAUUUCCAAUCGUAAAAAGCGAAAGUUGGACACCGGCACACCGGAAGAUGUACCGACACCGGCCGCUGCAUGA